CAUCAGAGAGGCCUUGUUUGAUAAUACCGAGAAGAGGGCGGAGGAGGUUUUUAACUGUUUUCAUUCAGUCGCUCUUUUGGAAGUAAAUCCAGGGAUUCGACUCUACGGUUAUAUUUUUAAAUAAAUCCAAGUUUUUGAACGUUGUGAACACCUCCACCCCUGUUCCUCCCUCUGUGAGUGUCUUCAGGGUGAUGUCAGCUUCCUGCCUUGUGCGCCUGUUCAGGUGCAGCGGUUCUAACUUCGGUCGCAGCGGUUCUAACUUCGGUCGCAGUGGUUUGCUACAGAAGGCUUUCGAUUCUCUGCCCUUUCAGCUCGAUAGCCACAAAACAGAGUUCCCAUUGUUCUGCAGACAAAUUUAUGGACCUUCUGAGAGGCGAUACAGCAACACGCGCUUCGAUCCAGACGGCAGCGGCCGCCUUACGACCUGGGACUCCUUUGGGAUUUGGGAUGAUCGCAUCGACGAGCCCAUCAUGCUCCCCCCUAGCAUUCGUUAUGGCAAACCCAUUCCCAAAGUUAGCCUAUCUAAGGUAGGGUGUGCAUCCCUGAUUGGCCAACGCAAGGAGAAUGAGGACCGGUUCCAGGUCUCCCAGAUGAACGAAAACACCCUGUACUUCGCUGUGUUUGACGGCCACGGCGGCUCAGAAGCAGCCGACUUCUGCGAAAAAUACAUGAAGAAAUUCAUCCAGGACAUUCUGGCAGAAGACGACAAUCUGGAAUCGGCUUUAACAAAAGCUUUCCUAGAAGUAGACAAAGCUUUGGCAAAGCACUUGCACUUCUAUCCAAAUGCUGCUGACCCAGCUCAGAGCUGGAGGCCCUUGGUACCAGUCGCUCUUAAGCUGACUGUUGACCACACACCUGAAAGAAGGGACGAGAAGGAGAGGAUAAAGAAAAGCGGGGGUUACAUCACCUGGAACAGUCUGGGGCAGCCGAACGUCAACGGCCGGCUGGCGAUGACACGCAGCAUCGGAGACUUUGACCUGAAGAAGAUGGGAGUCAUUGCUGAGCCAGAAACCAAAAAAGUCACACUGCAUCAUGUCCAUGACUCCUUUCUGGCUCUGACCACAGACGGCAUCAACUUCAUCAUGAACAGCCAGGAGAUCUGCAACGUCAUCAACCAGUGUCACGACCCCAAAGAGGCAGCGCAGAGAAUAUCUGACCAGGCUCUUCACUACGGUACGGAGGACAACAGCACAAUCAUCGUGGUGCCUUUCGGCGCCUGGGGGAAACACAAGAGUUCAGACGUCAGUUUCUCCUUCAGCAGGAGCUUCGUGUCCAGCAGCCGCUGGGCGUAGCCUGACGCCGCCCGCAUCGGCGAGCUGCUUCCUGCAGACUUCACUAACAUGUGCAAUACAGGCUGUGCUCCCUGGAUGAAUACAGAGUUCAGUUUGUCCUGAUGUUGUUUAGAGCAGCUUGAUGUGCAGCUCCCAUGGAAACCGGGGCUGCGAGUUCAUGAUGUGCACUAGAUAUGAAGUAAUCCCUUGUUAUAUAAGGUUUUGUACACAAAUAAUCCAGCUACGUUGUGGUGCUAAAAACAAAGAAAUAUUUGAACGACAGGAAGAAAGUCAUCAGCCAAUUUGUUGUUACGAUGGACCAUAAACCAUGGGAAAGUCCAGCACUUAAACUUUAAUGCUUGAUAAUCAGUGGAAUAAAUUCUAAGUAACUUAUAAACAAGUGUCUCGUUUUAAACAAGGAGACUCGUUAACUUCAUACACAAAACUGUCUCUACAACACAGACCUUAAACCUUCAAUUAACCACCUAAUGGAGCUUUUAAAAAUAUUUUUUCUGUUUAAAUUAAAUCCAAAUUUCUAAUUUAAAAUGACUUGGAGCUAAUUACCACCAGCAGCCUGCUCCACUGCUCUGCAAAACACAAAACCUUGCCAACUUGCUUUAACUAGUUUCUAGAGCAAAUAUCUUCAUACGCUUAAAAUAAGAUAAAACUAACUUACAAGUAACUUUUCAGCAAAAAAUAGGAGCCUUUUUAAGUCAAUAAUUUCUUAAUAUUGAUGAAAAAGUAACAGUUCCACUUGCAGAAUAUUUUACCAAGUACGAUACAUUUUUCCCAUGUUUGAGUGAAAUAAUCUGCCAGAGGAAUUAGCACUUCAUCAAUAUUACAGAACUACUGACUUAAAACAAGUUCCUAUAUUGCUGAAAAGUUACUUGUAAAUUAGUUUUAUUUCUUCUAAGUGUACUUAGAUAUUUGCAAUAGAAAUUAAACAUAAAAUACUUUGUAAGAUUUUUUGUUUUUGCAGUGUCGAUAUUUUUUGUCAUAUGAAAACCAAGAUUUCUACAAUAAAUUAGGAAGCAUUAAUUAAAACAACCCAGAAAAAAAAUACAAUCAAUGAGGUCUGUUUUUUCUUUCUAAGGAGUAUUAUAAGCAUAUUUUCUUUUUAAUUUUAGCAUUAAAAAAUGAUUUAAAUAUGCUGGAGAUUUGUUGGCCUAAAAUAAAAUUUUAAAAUCCGACCAAAAACGUAUAAUUCCCAUUUUCCAUGCAUGUUGUUUAAUGAUGCAUCUAAGGACUUAAAAAUUGUGUGAAUUUCUGGUUUUACUUCAUUCAUCAAAGAGUAAAAUGAUCAGUUUUCAUUCCAUAUUCUUCUAGUCUUCAUUUUGAGCUGAUCAAAGGGAAAUCAUCUGAUUUUGAUGACCAUCUGAUCGGUUGUUGGCUCCAGUUUAACCAGUUUGAGUUAAAAAAAGUUCAAGUUUCUUUAAAUUUCCUCCAGUCCAACUUGAAGACUGCGCUGAGAAGGCUUUGUAGUUUAAAUAUUUGCAGAACAUUAAGAUUUUGCUUGUUUUGCUGUUAAAAUCUGUAAGUUUAGAUUCGUUUUUAAGGGUCCAAGCUUCUAAUUUUAAGGAUUUUAUCACCUGACCUGUCCAUACCUGCAAAAAUGUACAUUUUAAUGACAUUUGUGUCACCAAAGCGCCACUGAAAACAUCACUUUUCACAACUCUGGAGAUUAUAGUUGGAGAAAAUUAAAAGUUGCUGCACAUUUCCACAAAGAUGUUUAGGGUACAGGAAUGUAUAGUUUCUGUGUUUUGUAAAUAGUUAUAUUUAUGUACCUAUGUAAGACUGAUCAUAUAUAUUAAAUAAAUGUUAUAUUUA